AUGACUGAUAUUAGGAACAUAGUGCAUAGAUUGGUUAUACAUGCCGACAGUUUAAUUGAAAGUGUAGAUACUAAUCCAUGUGAGCAGUUUAAUGCUAUAAUAAAUAAACAUAUAGGAGCAAAACGCAUUAAUUUUACACAGGGGUCGAACUACAAAACUAGGGUAGAAGCAGCUGUUGUAGCAUUUAACUCAAAGAAUUAUAUACGAACAAUACAUAAGAAAAUUGUUACAACUAGUCCAGGAAAAUUUUCUAAACUGCACAUUCGCAACAUCGAACGCUUUAGAAAAAAUACAACAAUGAGGCGAAGAAAACUAUUCACAGGAGGGAUUAAACGAUCAAAAUCAAAGUCAAUGUUUAACGGCCCAGAUGUGGAUUACGGAUUAGCCUUACCGUUAGACGAUGUAAUGAGUUCUGACGAAUUGCAAAAGAAAAAAAUGUUGUUUUUAGACAAAUUAAAAACAGUUGAUAAAAAACAGUUAGAAUUUAUUACCAGAGAACAGAGUUGUAGUCAAGAUUGGUUCCUGGAGCGUAAAAAAAGACUAACUGCAUCAAACUUUGGAGAUAUUUGUAAGAUGAGAGCCACUACAAGCUGCAGGAAAAAAGUACACAAUAUGCUUUAUAAGCCGAAUACUGUGUGCAAGGAAAUGAGCUAUGGAAUUCAAAUGGAAUCAAGUGCAAGAAAUGAAUUUGAAAAAUUAUCGAAAAAGUCGGUCAAGUCCUGUGGGUUAUUUACAGAUGAUACCUUUCCAUAUUUAGCUGCAAGUCCGGGUAUGUGGUUUAUUUUUAUUUAUUAUUUUUAAUUAAACUAUCUAACUAACUAAAAAUAUAAAAUAUUUAGAUGGUCUCAUUAACGAAAACGCUAUCAUUGAAAUUAAAUGUCCGUAUGCAGCGAAAGACUCUUUAAGUGCUAUUCAAGCAGUUAAAAAUAAUCAAGUAUUUAUUUUAUUUAUCUGAACAUAAUAUUUGUAUUGGUAUCAGUUACCACGUAUUAUCUAACCUGAUAAUUACUUAAUACAAAGUUUUACCGGAAAAUAUUUUAUUAGUUGCAGUAUUGUACUAUCAAUGAUGAUGGUAUGAUUGUUAUUAAAAAAGACCACAGUUAUUUUUAUCAAGUCAUGGGUCAGUUGCGAGUAACUGGUAGAAAUUGUUGUUAUUUUGUGAUACAUACAAUGCAAUGGACCAAUAUAGAGAAGAUUUAUUACGAAAUUGAAUUUUGGAACACUAAAAUGGUUGAUAAAUUAAAAAUAUUUUACUUAGAAUGUUUGCUUCCAGAAAUAGUUGAUCCACUUUACGGAAAAAGAAUGCAAAUUGAAGACAUCAGAGAACCACCACAUAUAAUAGAGGCACAACAUUUGUUAAAACAAAACCAAACAAAAACAAAAAAAAAAUUAAAGCAUGAAAAAAAAUAAAGUUCUUUAAUUCAUGUCUUACCUAUAUAUUUUUUUUUGCCUGUCAUGCACGAAAAAGACGCAACACGAUUGUUUUAAAAAAUAAAAAAAUAUUUAGUAUUUUAAUAUAUUUUAA